UCAAUUGGCGAUUAUGCAUACAAAGCGGUUAAAGGUCUUGGCCCAACGGAACAGUUGAUUUCACCGGAACCCGAAAUAACAGUCCUGGACAGGGAUAGGUCUUUGGAUGAGAUCAUUGUACUGGCCUGUGAUGGGGUCUGGGAUGUUCUAAGCAAUGAGGCAUUAUGCAGUCUGUUACAACACCGAAUGCGCUGUACAGAUGAUUUAUCAACUGUUUGCAAUGAGACAAUUGACACAUGUCUUUACAUGGGCAGCUCGGAUAACAUGAGUAUGGUGUUAGUUGCUUUCGAUCCGGCACCGAGAACGGAUCCUAAAUGCAAACUGGAGGAUGAAAAACUGGAUGCGAUCCUACUUGAACGGGCUAAAGGUGGAUACAUUUGA